UCGUGAGGAGUCAGUGCAGGAGAAAGUUUAAUUUCAAAGUAGAGCGAAAUAAACAUUAUACAUACGCGGCGUGCUCUGUUCUGUAUCUACAGUAUCUCAAUGGCAAGAGCCGGUGGAAUAACAAACGCGGUGAACGUGGGAAUAGCAGUUCAGGCAGAUUGGGAGAAUCGUGAAUUCAUUUCUCACAUCUCUCUCAAUGUCCGUCGCUUAUUCGAUUUCCUCAUCCAAUUUGAGGCCACAACAAAGAGCAAACUGGCAUCACUAAAUGAGAAACUUGAUACACUAGAACGUCGCCUAGAAUUGCUUGAAGUUCAAGUUGGUGCAGCUACGGCCAACCCAUCUCUGUUCACGACGUGAGUCUAUUGAAUUAUGGCGUUUUAGAGAAGAGCUUACAUGUAAGCAUCCAUUAUAUCUAUGAACAAAUAUAGUGUUCCUGUAUUCCUUCCUGAUGUUAUAUAUUUUUAUGUUUUUGUGGUUCCAUGUUAUCUUGUCAAGAACAAAUGCAAACUUGUUUUCCUCUACAUAUACACAUAUUUGAGUGGUAAAUUGUUGUUAUUUCUUGCUA